AUGGCAACUGCAUCAGUAUUAACCCCCAUCAAACAACGCCGUGAUGGCAUCUUCUCUACCCGCCUCGCUGGUGGCCGCGCCCCUCUCACGCCCUCACCGCAGACGCCCAAGACGCAGGUGACGGAGCCCGCCGAGAGCAUCCACCACGGCAACGUCAACCUCAUGUCGAGAUUCUCCCGCUCCGUGUCCAAGACCAACGUCCGCGACUCGCCCAAGUCCAACAUCGCGGGCCGCCACCCACAGUCGCCGCGCCGCCUCGACCAGAACACCAGCGAAUUCACCCUCAAUGGCACUGGUCCCCGCCCGAGCACUGCUACCUCCGCCAAGAACACUCCAUCUCGCUCCAAGAGUGGCCGUUCUGGCUCGGCACACCGGACACCCAAGCGCAGCCAGGGCAAGAUCAACUACUCUGCCGCUGACCGCUUCAUCCCGAAUCGAGACGCCAGCGAGGCCAUCGCCAACUCCAGCGCAGCAGUCAAGCUCGACAACGAGCGCACCCCUGGACGGCGACCAAAGUCAAGCGCAUCUGAUGGGUCGGCAACACUUGUUGCCAGUGUUGCCAGCGCUUUCGACCUUGGUCGUCCACACUCUUCUUCUGACGCUACGGCGUCGCUCUCCCUCGAAGGCCUCAACCUCAACGACCGCGACGAUGAGGACGAUGACGAGCCCAAGACCAAGCCCAGCCCCAACACUGUUGCAUACCAGCAGUCUGUUGCUGAGGCUUGCGGUGUGAGCAUGAAGCAGCGUAUCCUCGCCUUCAAGCCAGCCGCUCCUGAAUCGUCUCGCCCCAUCGACCUUCGAUCUCAGUACAACCGCCCUCUCAAGCCUGCUGCCGCAUCAGCAUCCCAGUUCCGUCGUCGUGUCCUCACCGCACCUGAGCGUGUCCUCGAUGCUCCAGGUCUCGUCGACGACUACUACCUCAACCUCCUCGACUGGUCGUCUGGCAACCAAGUCGCCAUCGGUCUCGAGCGCAACGUCUACGUCUGGUCAGCCGAAUCUGGCUCAGUUUCCAGCCUCCUCGAAUGCCCUGCCGAUACCUACAUCUCCUCAGUCAAGUGGAGCGAAGAUGGUGCCUACGUCGCCGCUGGCCUUGGCACGGGUGAAGUCCAGAUCUGGGACGUUGAGGAGGGCAGCAAGCUUCGCUCGAUGUACGGACAUGAUACUCGCGUCAGCGUUAUGGGCUGGAACAAGCACCUUCUCUCUACUGGCGCUCGCUCUGGCCUUGUCUACAACCACGACGUCCGCGUCGCCCAGCACAAGGUCGCCGAGCUCGUCUCGCACACUUCUGAAGUCUGCGGUCUCGAGUGGCGCUCUGACGGUGCCCAGCUCGCUACUGGCGGCAACGACAACCUCGUCACCAUCUGGGACGCUCGUUCGCUCAACGCUCCCAAGUUCCAGAAGACCAACCACAAGGCCGCCAUCAAGGCUCUCGCUUGGUGCCCAUGGCAAUCCAACCUCCUCGCAACUGGUGGUGGUUCCCACGACCGCAUGAUCCACUUCUGGAACACCACCUCGGGUGCUCGCACCAACAGCAUCGACACUGGCAGCCAAGUCACCUCGCUGCGCUGGAGCUUGGCAUACAAGGAGCUCGUUUCAUCGUCGGGCUUCCCAGACAACAGCCUCUCCAUCUGGAGCUACCCAACCCUGGUCAAGAACAUUGAGAUCCCAGCGCAUGAGUCUCGUGUCCUCCACUCUGCUCUCUCUCCAGACGGCCAGAUGCUCGCAACUGCUGCCGCUGACGAGUCUCUCAAGUUCUGGAAGGUGUUCGAGAAGAAGCCUGGCUCCAGCAACCUCGUUGGCGGUGGCAGCACCACUGCAAAGGCUGGUCUCACCAAGGCGACUACCAUCCGGUAG